CUGCGGGGAGCAGGCGGCGGCGGGGGCGGCGGCGGCAGCCCGCACCAGCCAUGCCGAAUAAAAACAAGAAGGAGAAAGAAGUACCGAAAGCCGGGAAAAGCGGAAAAAGUUCCAAAGAGGGACAGGACACGCUGGACUCGGAGCCGAUUCCCAGCAGCAGGAAAAACAGCCUUGUUGCUAUCCCGUCUUCGGUGUCUACCAAGAUCAAGGUGCCGGUCCUGCAGCCCAUAGUGAAGAAAGACAAGCGGCAGAACUCCUCCCGGUUCAGUGCCAGCAAUAACAGGGAACUUCAGAAACUGCCGUCUUUGAAAGAUGUUCCUCCUGCUGACCAAGAGAAGCUCUUCAUCCAGAAGCUGCGGCAGUGCUGCGUCCUCUUCGACUUUGUUUCCGACCCGCUGAGCGACCUGAAGUGGAAGGAGGUGAAGCGAGCGGCGCUGAGUGAGAUGGUGGAGUACAUCACCCACAACCGGAACGUGAUCACCGAGCCCAUCUACCCCGAGGUGGUGCACAUGUUUGCAGUUAACAUGUUUCGAACAUUACCACCUUCCUCCAAUCCCACGGGAGCAGAGUUUGACCCCGAGGAAGAUGAGCCAACGUUAGAAGCGGCCUGGCCGCACCUGCAGCUUGUUUAUGAAUUUUUCUUAAGAUUUUUAGAAUCUCCAGAUUUCCAACCUAAUAUAGCGAAGAAAUAUAUUGAUCAGAAGUUUGUGUUGCAGCUUCUAGAACUCUUUGACAGUGAAGAUCCUCGGGAGAGAGAUUUUCUGAAAACCACCCUUCACAGAAUCUAUGGGAAGUUCUUAGGCUUGAGAGCUUACAUCAGAAAACAGAUUAAUAAUAUAUUUUAUAGGUUUAUUUAUGAAACAGAGCAUCACAAUGGCAUAGCAGAAUUACUGGAAAUCCUGGGAAGUAUAAUUAAUGGAUUUGCCUUACCACUCAAAGAAGAGCACAAGAUUUUCUUACUGAAGGUGUUGUUACCUUUGCACAAAGUGAAGUCUCUGAGUGUCUACCACCCCCAGCUGGCCUACUGUGUCGUGCAGUUUCUAGAGAAGGACAGCACCCUCACAGAACCAGUGGUGAUGGCACUCCUCAAAUAUUGGCCAAAGACUCACAGCCCGAAAGAAGUCAUGUUCUUAAACGAACUAGAGGAAAUCUUAGACGUCAUCGAACCUUCCGAGUUUGUGAAAAUCAUGGAGCCUCUGUUCCGGCAGCUGGCCAAGUGCGUCUCCAGCCCGCACUUCCAGGUGGCAGAGCGAGCGCUGUACUACUGGAAUAAUGAGUACAUUAUGAGUCUAAUCAGUGACAACGCAGCCAAGAUCCUGCCCAUCAUGUUCCCAUCCUUGUACCGCAACUCCAAGACCCACUGGAACAAGACAAUACAUGGCUUGAUAUACAACGCCCUGAAACUCUUCAUGGAGAUGAACCAAAAGCUGUUUGACGACUGCACCCAGCAGUUUAAGGCGGAGAAGCUGAAAGAGAAGCUAAAAAUGAAAGAACGAGAAGAAGCAUGGGUUAAAAUAGAAAAUCUAGCCAAAGCCAAUCCCCAGUACUCACUGUGUAGUCACGCGAGCACCGUGAGCAUGCCGCUUGCCAUGGAGACGGACGGGCCCUUGUUUGAAGAUGUGCAGAUGCUGAGAAAGACCGUUUCCGACGAGGCGCGGCAGGCACAGAAAGACCCGAAGAAGGAGCGUCCUCUUGCGCGUCGCAAGUCCGAGCUGCCUCAGGACCCCCACACCAAGAAAGCCUUGGAAGCUCACUGCAGAGCCGACGAGCUGGUCCCCCAGGACGGGCGCUAGCUCCCUGGCCCCGCGGCGCGGCCGCCCCGCCGCUGCCAGCCCGGAGUCUGUAGAAGAUAACUCCCUUCUGUGUGCCAUACCAAUCAGUUACACUCAAACCCCACGCUUUCUCCGACCCGGUCCGUAGGCAGUCGCACGUGUCCGCCUCAGCUCCUGAUGAGGGGUUCAAACAAUGGUGGCUUCUCCCACCCCGCAGGCGGAGCCGAGGGCUGGUGGCCAUGUCCCCACCCCGGCGGAGCCCCCGGGGUCCGUGUCCCGGAAGCAGAGCUGUAGGGAAGCACCCUGGGCACCCUCCUCACGCUCAGCCCUGACGGAAGUUGGGAGCCUUCCAGACAGGUGGUUCUGGGGAAACACUGAUGCUCUUCCAAUCCGAGGGACGCUUUAAGGGUAUUGCCUGCUCUUGGAAAGACUUCACGGCCUUUGGAAUGGUUUCUGCGUGAUUGUGGUGCGAGCGGUUUUUCGUGUGUUUGUGGUUUGAAUCUCACGGAGACAGCCCUUGCUCUCGCGUUCUGACGUCCUCAGCCACUGGGCCCGGCCGGGGUGUUCACUGGAUUCACACGUGCAGCCCGUGUCCUGCUUCCCCUGUGUACACCUGAAGCCAUAUUUUCAAGUCUGUGGUACAGCACCAGGGUUCCAGGAGUAAGCUGUGGGAGAGAGCUUGCUCUGUCUACCUGGGAUGCAGGUGGAAUGUUUAAAUUAUGUGUUCAUAUUUCGUAUUUGCAGAAUUAUUUUCUUCAUCAGCUCGUACACCGUGGCCCUUCAUCAAAGCUCUUGAGUGAAUGAAGUGGCAGUCCCUAAGACCUGCACGUCGUGUAGAAAGUUAGCCGGUCUCGGGCUAAGCCAGCUCCUGGGCUGAUGCGGGCUGCCGCUGCCUGCGGGCACAGCCACGGGGGACACGCGACGCCGGGCACACCAGGGCCCCUUGCAGUUGUGUGGUUCUGAGAGUGAGGAAGCCGUCCCCAAGGCCUGGUGAAGACGGCCGUGUCCGAGCUGUCCCCGGUCUCCACGCCUGGGUGUGUCCUGGGCUCCCCGGCACGCCCGGCGCCUCGGCUGGAGAUGCAGCAGCUUCGUCUGUCCUUCCUUGCUCUCAGGGUGGCUGCUGUUUGGACGGACUCCUGCCGCCCAAAAGCUGCUGGAGGAGUGUGCUAGUGACGCUAGCUUGUUCUGUCUCUGGCGUGAGAUUGUAUAGCUCAGUGGUCAGUGUCCGGAUGUGUGCAAGAGAUGAGACGAGGCUUCUUUCAGGGUCUGGUGUUUAGACCGAGGUGUCUGGUGUCCGCUGAACGACAGCUGUGCGGGCAGACACGGUGCCCUGUGCAGCCACAGCGCGGGGCCGGCUGCCCGUGGCUUCCCCAAGCUGUGUGUCGGAGGGGAGCCCCUGCCCAGAGGGGACUGCCCGUGUUCCCGAGCAGGUGCAGGGAUGACACCCGAGGCUGCCCCAGCUGGGAGUGGCCACUUAGCUCCGAGGGACUUGAUAAGUAUCUGUCCGCUCCACCAUUAUAAAAUCUACCCUUUACAAAAACCAACAAGUUUAGAUGCCUUCUCCUUUUGAGGGAAAAAGGGUGCUUUUUACUGUACAAAGCGUAUUUUGAUAAACCAUUGUUUGAACUGCCGUCCGUAGCUGAUAGCUGCUCCAAUGUCCUUGACCCUGGGUGCUGGGGGUGUCGCGGGGACAGGGUUCCGGGAAGACGUCCUUCUCGCCCCAGGGGAAAGCAGAGCACCUGUGGCCGGGCGCCCGUGUGAGGCUCAAUCUGUGAGAACACCUUUCUGUCCAGGUUUUAUUUCUGCUCCUCACUGAAGACAGGUUCACCAGGAAGGAAGGGGGGAGUUUUGAGGCCCGUCGUGGCCUGGUAGAGUCCCCCAGAGCUCUCGGUCCCCGCGCUCCGUCAUCGGCGUGCCUGGCGGGGCCUGGUAGAGUCCCCCCAGAGCUCUCGGUCCCCGCGCUCCGUCAACGGCGUGCCUGGCGGGGCCUGGUAGAGUCCCCCCAGAGCUCUCGGUCCCCGCGCUCCGUCAUCGGCGUGCCCGGCGUGAGCUGGUGACUGUUUUCUUCAUCAAGUUCUGCAUUCGGGCAUCUUUGCUCUUCCCAAAAUGCAUCUGUGCAUCAGAAAUGUCACUAUUCCGAGUGUCUUUUUAGUGUGGCUUUAGUAUGGCUUCCUUUUAAUAUUGUACAUACAUUGUAUCUUUGUUUUAUGGUAAUAAGUAAUAAAAAUGUAGACUUCAUAUUUUGUACAAAAUGUCCUAUGUACAGAAUAAAAAAAGUUCAUAGAAACAGCAAAAAUAGGUAAGUGGCACAAUUAUUUUUCUUUAGAAAAUAUCUGUAACUUUAUGCUUUAGUGAAAUGUUAAUUAAGUACCUACAUAUUUUUUAACAUUUUGUAAUUCAAAGCUUUUUGUUUUGACAUUGUUUAUGAAGAGAAACUUCAUACACUCGCCAUUUAAUAUGCUCUUUUAUCUAAUUUAAAAAAAAACUAAAAAAUGGUGUAUGAUAUGGACUAAAUAAAAAACAUGUGACUUUUACUGCUCA